AUGCAGGCCAGCACUCCAGCUGCAUUGUUGGAUCGUCGAGACUCCCAAAAGGCAUCUGAUCCCAUCAGGGGAAGCCCUGCAUCCAUAAAAGGUCCUGAGCGCCCGCAUCAAAGACUCGUCUUUACAGAUCCCGUUGCCCUGAGAUACCUGGAAGAAGACCCCUCCACAGAUAUCCUUCACCGCCGUUGUACCCUACAGGGCUACGAAAUCUACAUUGUAGAGCAAUGGGCCUGCUCGCGCAUUCAUCCUACCUUCGUCAUAUCAACUUAUACCGGUGAUCCGUCACAUACUGUUAUAGUGGGUGUGUUGGUUGUUCCUACAAAUGAAGAAACAUGGUCGGCUCGCUUGAAGAUGUACUUCAACGCUAUGAAGCAGUACCACGCUCGGAAAAAGGAGACGCCUCUGGGCACAGUCAUGGUGACUGACUUGGGCUCGUUUCCGUCAGCGCUGACCGUGAUUCCGGUGCCCCAAGGCGAUAUCAAGAAACACAGAGAGGACUUCAUUGUCAAUGAAGACUUGAAACGGCUUGGUUGCGCUGGUCGCGCAGGCCUCAAGCUUCAAGAUCCCGUGCCGGCCACCGCAGCGAAGUUCUAUCAGCUAUACCGAACGAGCGAACGCGUUCCCCUAUACAACUCAGUCGUGGAAUUGGUCAAGCAGUGUCAGAUUGCCUUAAUGAUAUUUGGCAAGCUCGCGCCGGAGUAUGUAGACGGUCUCCUCUGCGAUGUAACAGAGAAGGCCAUCAGGGACUGGUGGACAGAUAUAGGUACUGAUCUGUACAAUAUCGAACUAGGUGAUGGUAUCUUAGGGCCAACCACUGUCGCAGCUUUGCUAGGAACUCUUCUUGGUGCUCGAAAUCGACUACAUGCUUGCGGUGCCCCGGUCGGCAAGGACGCUUUUGACAUUGACAACCUCAAAAGAGGCAUUUCUAAUUUCCAGAAAGCGCAGAGGAUGCAUCGGUCAUGCAAUCUUGAUCGACAGACCUUGGAUCGACUGCACCGGGCCACAGCAAGGGCUGCCAAUACCGAAGGAUGGACGGAUGCUGUCAAGUCAACCAUGACCGAGCUUAGUGGACAGGGAGGAGAGAUGGUCAUGAGUAUGGUUCGUGGACGUGACAAAGGUGGUGUCGGAGAUAUUGAAACCCUGGAUCUGGACAUCUUUGUACAGUACGUUUAUGGAUCAAGGGCAAAGUGGCUAUGGUUGGGGAAGUCGCGCAAGCAUGGCAAUGAGCAGGAAUUCUCCCAGGGGCCUGGCACAGAUAUGAUGUUCACAACCGACGAUCAGGGCGGAUAUGUCUGGACGAGUCAGAAGAAGCACUCAACAGAGGACUUACAGGUUGAGCGAGUGCCCUCAGGCCUUAAUAGGCAAUGGAAGGCACCCGAAUCACUACCCGCAGAAGACAAAGAACAUCGGAGGAAGGGCGUAAGUGAGAGAGUCUCAGAUGCACGGGCUGGCCUAGGUCGCUUCAAAGAUGCAGUCGGACUACCCGGUCUUCGCUCACAUCACAACAAGCACUCGCGAGAGGGUAUCGAACUGACACACGAUGCUGCAUACAACCCUCACAUCGACAGCGACACAGAGUUGUCGGCGGUUCAGUCGAGAACAGGGUCCAAUCUUCCAGAUGCGAAAGCGGGCGAGGAAUUAGAACCCCGACCAGAUGAUGACCGAAAGAGUAGAUCUAAACCUACUGCUGUAGUUGAAUCGAGUUCGGACGCAAAGACUCCCGAGAUUCACAUCGAGUCCGUACCGCCAGAGGAGGACAAACUACACGUCCCGCAACAAGACCUUCUGGAUAUCCCGCAGUUUGACGCAGCUACAGAUGACGAGUCAGAUAUAGAGCGAGUUAUGUCCCGGUCCACCACCGGUUCGAGUGAGGGGGAUCGCGAUCAAACCGAGUCAGUCGCGGACCUAGCUAUGCUAGCUCUUCGACGAUCACAGAGCUGUGAGCAGAUUGAGAACAGUGCAACCUUCUCCCAACGGAAAGAUGAAAUGUGCCCUCGGCACCUGUCCUUUAGCUGGGUUGAAGAAGUGGUGCUUCACUGGAAUCCCAUCUGUGAAAAGCCAAUCAUAAAAGAAACCGCAAAUUUUGAGGAGGCCAUAAUGCAGGAGGAAAUCAUGGCGUCAGAAUUGUGCAUUUCUAGUUCCCGAAUUCUCAAGAUGGGUGAGCUCACUGUUCCCUGGGUUGAGCGGCAAGUGACUGCUGUGGAGGAUCUCAACCAGGUGCUAUACGACCGACACGAAGAACUCAGUUCUGUUUACCUGGAACGAAUGAAGGACUAUCAGUGCCUUCAAGAUACAUCUAAUGAUAUUCUGAUGGAUGAGCACUCCGGCCUCAACGACAGCGUCAAACGCGUUGAACUUCUGGGGGCGAAACUCGACUAUGAGUUACAUGUGCUUGCAUCUAAAGUGGAGGACAUGGAAGAAGGCCUGUCUGACUUCGAACGACAUAUUGUCAACGUAGAAACCAGGUUCAAAUCUUUACUGAAGGGAGAGGAAGAGCACAGUGUUUCCUGGAUGACAUGGGUUCGACGCAGCUUCGGCUUUGCGCAAUGA